CAACACACCCUUGUUUUAGUUUUGGACUUGAAAAUUAGAUUUUUUUUAUUUCUUGUGAAAGAAGAGAAUCUAAAGAGGGAAGGCUUACUUCUGAGCGCUGGAGGGCACGAUGGACAAGUCGGAGAUGUUCGGCUUUUCCCUGGAGGCCGACGACAGGACAGAGGAGGAGAAAAAGAAGGAUGGCGUGACCUCCAAGACCUCUAGUUGGUCCCCCAAGGUUCCCAUGGACACUGACUACCAGGAGGAAAUAGAGAAACCCAAACCCAAACUCAGAUUCAAUCUUGGAUUUGACAAAGGGAUUCAAGGCGAGCAGCCACAGCAACACAGAGACGACUUGAUUUUUAACAUUGACCGAUUGUUUGAGGCUGUGGCCAGUAGGGACGUCCAAAAACUGGACGGUCUAUACGACUACUUGCAUCGGAACAUGAAGAAACUCUCUGACUCUUUGUAUCAGUCCUACGGUAAAACUACCCUGAUGAAGGCUCUGCUGCACCUCAUGGACGGCAAGAACGAGACCGUAGAGGUGCUCCUCAACAUUUCAGAGAGGCUGGGAGAUAUUAAGAAGUUUGUCAAUGCAGAGUUCACCAGCAGCUACUAUAAAGGACAGACAGCUCUACAUAUAGCCAUCGAGAGGAGGAGUGUCUACUAUGUGAAGCUGCUGGUCAGUAAAGGAGCAGACGUCCACGCCAGAGCCUGCGGGAAAUUCUUUCAGCCUCACAAGGGCCCCAACUUCUACUUUGGUGAGCUGCCCUUGUCUCUGGCAGCCUGCACAAACCAGCCUGACAUGGUAGAAUACCUGAUGGACAACCAGUACCAGAAAGCUGACGCUAAGAUGGCAGACUCUCAGGGCAACACGGUGCUGCAUGCCCUGGUGAUGGUGGCGGUCAACAAAUCUAACAAAUCAAAGGAGAAUACGAAGUUUAUAACUGACAUUUACGACCAGAUCCUCGGGACCACCAACAGACUGCACCCCAAGCUAAAGCUGGAGGACAUUGAGAACCACAAUGGACUGACUCCUCUCAAAUUGGCUGCAAAGAUUGGCAAGACUGAGGUUUUUUCACACAUCCUGAGAAGAGAAUUCCAGGAGAGUCAGAACAAACAUCUGUCUCGUAAAUUCACUGAGUGGGUGUACGGACCCGUCCACUGCUACCUGUAUGACCUGGCCUCAGUUGACUCGUACGAGAACAAUUCUGUCCUGGAGAUCCUGACCUACGGCAGCGACAUCCCUAACCGUCAUAAGAUGCUGGAGACGGAGCUGCUGAGCCGGCUCCUGGAGGAGAAGUGGCAGAGGUUUGCAGGUCGGAUGUUUCUCUUCAACUUCCUGGCUUACCUUGUGUACCUGAUCGUCUUCACUGCUGUAGCCUACAAUAAGAAGAGCAGGAAGCCACCCUUUACCAUUGAGAACAAUGUCGUGGAGUGCCUGUAUGUUUCAGGCCAGCUGCUGAUCACUCUAGCAAACAUCUAUUUCUUUGUCAUUGGGAUUGUAGACAUGUGUAGGAAACGGCCAAAGAUAAAGACACUGCUGGUUGAUGGGUAUUAUGAGAUUCUCUUCUUUUUUGUGCAGGGUUUCCUGUUCCUAGUCUCAGCUGGGCUGUACCUGUGGGGGCAACAGGAGUACCUCAGCUUCUUGGUGGUUUGUCUGGCGCUCAGCUGGGUGAACAUACUUUACUACUCCAGGGGUUAUGAACACAUGGGCAUCUACAGCGUGAUGAUUCAGAAGAUGAUCCUCAGCGAUAUCCUGCGUUUUCUUUUUGUCUAUAUCGUCUUCCUCUUUGGAUUCUCAGCAGGAAUGUGCCGAGCUGUGAACAGUCAGACUCAAAUGCUGUGUGAGCUGAGCUGUAAGCUGGAUGCCAUUUCUGCUGAGAAUCGCAGGCUACUUGCGGCUCCUGAAUCUUGCUGGCAGGAAGGAAUCGACCUUGGAGAAGUUACAAGCUUGGCUCGGCAGUACUGA